UUAAUACAAUAUCUCAUAUCACAUUCCUCAAAUCUCUUCAACAUUCAUCAUCAUGAACCCACUAGAUACUACAGAAUUCAAGAAACAAGGUCACAUGAUCAUUGAUUUCCUAGCUGAUUAUUAUGAAAACAUCUCAAACUAUCCUGUCCUAAGUCAAGUAGAACCAAACUACCUCAAAAAACUGUUACCUUCUUUUGCACCUUCAAAUCCUGAACCUAUUGAAACCAUCCUUGAAGAUUAUCAAAAACACAUAAUCCCAGGUAUAACACAUUGGCAAAGUCCAAAUUACUUUGCUUAUUUUCCCUCAAGUGGUAGCACAGCAGGGUUCUUAGGAGAAAUGUUAAGCACUGGAUUGAAUGUUGUUGGAUUUAACUGGAUUUCAUCACCAGCUGCUACAGAACUAGAAAAUGUUGUUAUAGAUUGGCUUGGUGAAAUUUUGAAUCUUCCUAAGAGUUUUCUUUUUAAAAGUGGCGGCGGCGGUGUUUUAUUAGGUACAACUUGUGAAGGUAUUUUGGGAACUUUAGUUGUUGCUAGAGAUAAAAUUCUUAGCAAAAUUGGUAGCGAAAAUGUAGGUAAACUUGUUGUUUAUGGCUCUGAUCAAACACAUUGUGCAGUUCAAAAAGCAGCUCAUAUAAUAGGAAUUAACCCAAAAAAUUUCCGGGCUAUUAAGACUAGUAAGUUAAAUUCCUUCACUUUGUUGCCUGAAUCAUUGUUAUCAACAAUUGAAAAUGAUUUGAAAAAUGGUUUGGUUCCUUGUUAUCUUUGUGUAACUGUUGGCACAACUUCAACGACCGCAAUUGAUCCGGUAGGAAAGUUGUGUAAUGUUGCGAAAGAUUAUGGAAUUUGGGUUCAUGUUGAUGCUGCUUAUGCUGGUAGUGCUUGUAUUUGUCCGGAGUUUAGAUAUUUAAUUGAUGGUGUUGAAGAUGCUGAUUCUUUUAGUCUUAAUGCUCAUAAAUGGUUUUUGACUAAUUUAGAUUGUUGUUGUCUUUGGUUAAAGGAUCCAAAUUCUUUAAUAAAGUGUUUGUCAACGACGAAUUCGGAGUAUUUGGAGAAUAGCGCUUCUGAUUCAAAACAAGUGGUUGAUUACAAAGAUUGGCAAGUAACUUUAAGCCGAAGAUUCCGUGCUUUGAAGGUAUGGUUUGUUCUUAGAAGCUAUGGUGUUGAUAAUCUCAGGAAUUUUUUAAGGAGCCAUGUUGAAAUGGCUAAAACUUUUGAAGGGUUUGUGAAAAUGGACAAAAGGUUUGAAAUAGUUGUACCUAGACAACUUGCUCUUGUUUGUUUUAGGAUUUUACCAAAUGGUAAAAAAAUUGCUAAUGGAAAGGUAACAAAUGGUGAUGUUAAACUAAUUAGUAGUGAAGAUGUUAUUGUUGCUAAUGGAAAGGUAACAAAUGGAGAAGCUAAAUUAAUUAGUAGUGAAGGUGUUAUUGUUGCUAAUGGAAAGAUACAAAAUGGAGGUGUUGAAUUAAUUAGUAGUGAAGAUGUUCUUGCAAAUGAAAUUAAUCGUAAGUUGUUGGAUUCUAUCAAUGGUUCAGGUGAUGUUUACAUGACUCAUGCUAUGGUUGAAGGAGUUUUUGUGAUUAGGUGUGCUAUUGGAGCAACUUUAACAGAGGAAAUGCAUGUGAUUAAGGCUUGGAAGGUUGUACAAGAACAUGCAGAUGUUAUUCUAAAAGAUAAGAAUGGUAGUAUAUUUGUCUAGAAUUGGUCUAUUGGUUACAAUGGUUACAAGUUUGCUAUUAAAAAAGUAAAAUUUGCAUUUAAGUUAGUUUGCUGUUGGUUAGUAGUUGAGCUUAAGGGUUAUGAAUUGUCUUGUUCAUUAAUAUCCUCUGUGUUAUUGUGUUUUCAAGUA